AUGUAUUCUGCUACACUCAUCAUUUUCAGCAUAGCUACUGCUCACGCCGGUGUCGUGUAUCCGGUUCUGAUUGAAAGCAGAAGCGGCAACUCAAGAGGCGCUGUUCAACUUUCUAAAGACUACGUCAUAGACUUGGAAGAAUCCAGUGUUUUAGGGGACAGUCUGUAUUUUUCCGAUGCUAAGUAUGGAGAGGUGAAUCACGAAUUGAUGGAUACUACAGACAUACGUAAUAGUGUUUAUGAAAAUUCGGAACACAAGGCGUCCUUUACAAUUACUGAAACAGACGUAGGAAUUGAAAUGGAAGGAUACCUAAACUUUACACAUGGAAUUGAGCCAUUGCGAAUACAUGACAAAUCCGGCCGUGUCCCUCACAGAAUAUUUACGCUCCCAACGUCUGAAGAGGCGAUUCACUCGGAAAUUCCCGUUGAAGAACGUUCUGAUGAAAGUCUACCGCCAAAAAGUGAAUGCAAUCUUUAA